GGGCCGCCGCCGCCGGGCGGAGGGAGCGCCAGGCCCGGCCCGCCCGCUCCCGCGCACCGCUCCCGCCCCGGCCCGGCCCCGGCCCCGGCCCCGGCCCCGGCCCCGGCCCCGGCCCCGGCCCCGGCCCCGGCUCCGGCUCCGGCUCCGGCUCCGGCCCCGGCCCCGGCCCCGGGAGGGCGGGCGGCGCUGCCGCCGAGCAUGGCGAGCCGCCGCCGGGCCCCGCGGCGGAGCGGCGGGGGGCGCUGACCCGGCCCGGCCCUGACGGGCCCUCCGCGCCGCAAGACCCCCGCGCGUCCUGUGCUAUGAGCGUUCGGCGUGACUUCUCCGCGAGCAGUUGCAAAUGAAAAUGGAGGAUAUGUCUUUGUCUGGCCUGGAUAACAGCAAACUGGAGGCCAUCGCGCAUGAGAUCUACACGGACCUGGUGGAAGAUGCCUGCCUGGGCCUCUGCUUCGAAGUCCACCGGGCCGUCAAGUGCGGCUACUUCUUCCUGGACGACACAGACCCCGACAGCAUGAAGGACUUCGAGAUCGUGGACCAGCCCGGCGUGGACAUCUUCGGGCAGGUCUACAACCAGUGGAAGAACAAGGAGUGCGUGUGCCCCAACUGCAGCCGCAGCAUCGCCGCCUCCCGCUUCGCCCCCCACCUGGAGAAGUGCCUGGGCAUGGGCCGCAACAGCAGCCGCAUCGCCAACCGGAGGAUCGCAAGCAGCAACAACAUGAACAAGUCGGAGAGCGACCAGGAGGACAACGAUGACAUCAACGACAACGACUGGUCCUACGGCUCCGAGAAGAAAGCAAAGAAGAGGAAAUCGGAUAAGAACCCCAACUCGCCCCGCAGGUCCAAGGCCCUCAAACACAAAAAUGGCGAGAUCGGUGGGAACCCCGAUCCCUUCAAGUACAGCAACUCGGCGGGGAUCAACUACGAGACGCUGGGCCCCGAGGAGCUGCGGACGCUGCUCACCACGCAAUGCGGGGUCAUCUCCGAGCACACCAAGAAGAUGUGCACCAGGUCCCUGCGGUGUCCCCAGCACACAGAUGAGCAGCGGAGAUCCGUCCGGGUUUACCUCCUCGGACCCUCUGCGUCCCUGCCCGAGGCAGAGGGCAGCGUGGAGAACGACAGCUUCGAGGUGGCGGAGAGCCAGACCAUCAUGAGCCGGCUGCAGUGGGACGGCUCCUCCGACAUCUCGCCCUCCGACUCGGCCUCCUCGAAAGCCAGUACAAACAACUCGGAGUCCCGCAAGACGAAGAAGAAGAAGCCGCACUUGGGGUUGGUGAGCGGUGCCCCGGGGCUCGGCUCCAGCAAGAAGAAGAAGCCCAAACCCCCCGCGCCCCACACCCCCAGCAUCUACGACGACAUCAACUGAGGAGGGGGACGGACAGACGGACGGACACGGGCCGGGGCAGCCCUACGCGUCAGACACUGAGCGGGUACCUGGGACACGGAGGAUGGAGGACUUUGGCCAUCGCUGUGGGGAGCGGGGGGGACACACACAAGAUUUAGGAGCCCCCAUUAGUGCCCCCCUUCCUCCCCCCACCCCGGUGCCUCUAUUUAUUCUGUGACAGUUUUUGUACGUGGGGGCUCCCAUCGGGGCUUGGAGGCACAACCCCCUCUCCCUUCCCACUGCCCCCCCAAAAACCAGCUGUGCCCCCUCCCACACUCGCUCCUCCAGAGCCCCUUACCCCAGCGGGGCGGGGAGCGCAGCUGGGCCCCCGGGGGGGGGGGGGGUCUGGAACUGGGUGAGGGGGGUACAGCAACCCCCAGGGGCUGCUCCCCCUCCCCAUGCCGGCGCUCGCUGGUCGGGCUGGCUCAGGACGGGGGCAGCACGUUGAGAGGGGGCUCCUCCCUGCUCAGAGGGGACAAGUGGGGACCCCCACACCCCGGAACAGCUGUAACCAGCUGGAUUUGGCUGCUGGGGGGUGUUUGGGGCCUGGCACUGCCUGUGCAGGGCUGGCACAGGCCUUGGGGGGGGGGGCGGGGGGCUGCAUGCUGCAUCCUUUGUGUGUGGAGCUGUUUGGGGGGGGGCGCGCAGGGCCGGGGGAGUGCUGUGACCUUCCCUCAGGUCUCUGCCCUGCUGGGGACACCCCGUGUGCUUGGCAGGGCCGGGAAACGCGCCGGACCCCUGUGGCCACAGAGUGAACUGGGGGGGGGACAUGGGACGCAGCCCAGCUCUGAGGCAGAGCCCCCCCCCCCGCCCCCACAUUCCCAGGCUCUGCAUCCCCACAUGCUGGGGACCUGCUGCUGCAGGCGGGGGGGGGGCGGUGUCUUUUGGGACCCCCCAACAGCUCUGGCUGGUGUUUGUAACCCCAUGGGCUCUGGUCUUUGGCUGGGGGGAGGGGGGGGGGCCCAGGACCAGCCCCCGUCGUGCAGGCCGGGGGAGGACGGGACCCUCAUGCCGAAUCCAGCUCCCCUGCAGCCCGGUGAUCCCCCCAAGCUGUUUCCCAUCGCAGGGGUGGCUCAGCCCCCUCCAUUGUAUCCCCCUCCCCCCCGCCAGCUGUCUGACACCCCAAGUUUGGCUGUAGUGUCUGGGGGGGUGCUGCUCCUGCCCCCCCCCCCGUGCUGCCAUGGUGCGUCCAGUCGCGGUGGUGGGGCUCAGGAAUUAUGGUGCUCUCGACUCUGGAUUCACUAUUGUUCUAAAACUGCUGCUAAAGGCGAGUGCUGGGGCUGGAGCCAGCGGGGGCAGGUGGGGUCCUCAUGGAGCCCUGGGCACCCCAAACUGCUGGGGGGGCCCCACCCCCCACCCCCUUGCUGUGGUUGGUGGUAGCACCCAGUGUGGCUUGGGGGGGGGGGGGGGGGGGGCGGAAGGUGGGGAGGGCUGGCCAGGGGAGCACGCCGAGCUGGCCUUCGCGUGCCCCGGGGUGGGGGUCCAGGCACCCAGAAACACGGGGGGGACCACCCUGCCCCCCCCCCCCCCCCGCCCGCCUGGGGAGGGCAUGGUGACCGGUGUGGACAACUCACACCCCUCCAGCUGCGGGAGAGGGGCUGCAAUUUGGGGUCCAAGGGGCGUAACAGGGCUGGGGUGGGGGGCAUGGAUUGUGCCCUGUCCUUCCCCCCCCAGGCCCUCCUGGGCUCGAGACUCGUGUUUCGCGCACCUUCGCCGUCCCGUCCGGGUAGUUGAGCCGUUGUGAGGUCUGUGUGUCCGUGAGGGGGUUGUGGCUGCCCCUGUAAAUAAAACUGCAUCUUGACUUGGUA